GGUCCUGCCCGUGCUCUCCACACCUCGUCGCCAUGCCUCGCAAAAUUGAGGAAAUCAAGGACUUUCUGCUCACAGCCAGACGAAAGGACGCCAAAUCGGUCAAGAUCAAGAAAAAUAAGGAUAAUGUGAAGUUUAAAGUUCGGUGUAGCAGGUACCUUUACACCUUGGUCAUCACAGACAAAGAGAAGGCAGAGAAGCUGAAGCAGUCCCUGCCCCCAGGUUUGGCAGUGAAGGAGCUGAAAUGAAUCAUGCACACUGAUUUGAACAGUAUUAAAAUUUUUAAAAUUCUC